UUUUUCCAGGAGUUCUUACUGAGAAUCAUGCUGGGGAACAUGUUAAUGGUUCAAAUCUUGGUCAAUUAUUUUAUGCUAGCUAUGUGGAUCAGCAAUUUGUGAUUAGUCGAAAUAUACUAAGCACUACAAAUUUGGCAUCAAAUAUAUGGAUAUUUCAACCUGCCGCUGUUCCAAAUGUCACCACCACCGAUAAUUCUUAUCCUCAAUUUAAUGUCUUAAAGUUUUCCAAUACAUAUAAAGCUCAAUGGAGAAUUGAUGGUUCUGAUAAAGUUCGAACGGCUGACGCCGAUAUGAUAAUCAUAUCAGUCAAUUCAACAGAUUCAUCAAGCAUAGACAUUGGAGUUUACAUAUCUACUGGUUACCAACGUCCAACUAAAGACGAUAGUGCCAAAUUUCUUACUAUUAUAAAUAGUACUGUUACAGACGGAUUCACUCAAGCGGAAUUUAAACGUCCCUUAAUGCACCUAAUCGAAAACCAAUUACUGCUUCUUCACCAUCGUAACCUUCAAAUUCUUGGCGCCAUUUGUGUUGGAAUAUUUGGAGCUGUAGCGAUGUCUUCAGCUACAAUACAUUUUAGAGUUCCUAAUGGAAUAGUGAUAAAUGGACCUAAUAGACAACUUUACAGUAGAAUUCCUGAAAAAAUUUAUGAAUUACUCCCUACUAAUACAUUGGAAGAAUUCUGCACCACUACAGAAUUUAAACCAGAAUAG